AUGCAAAACGUCAAAUUCUGGAAUGGAGAAAAUGAUUCGUCUUCAACGUGCAAGCUUUCGCCAUGCAGUCCAUGCAGCCAUAUUUCUCACCAGGCAACACUGGCUCCAGCAAAGAAGAGGAAAGCAGGGAGGACCAAGUUCAAGGAGACUAGGCAUCCGAUUUAUAGAGGUGUAAGGCGAAGAAAUGGGAAUAAAUGGGUAUGUGAAGUUAGAGAACCGAACCUGAAAUCAAGAAUAUGGCUAGGGACAUACCCUACCCCAGAAAUGGCAGCUAGGGCACAUGAUGUUGCUGCUUUGGCAUUCAGAGGAGAGUUUGCUUCUCUCAACUAUCUUGAUUCAGCUUGGAUACUGCCACGACCAAAGUCGUCUUCUCAUGAAGAUAUUAAAAGGGCUGCUCUUGAAGCUGCUGAGGCUUUCAAGCCAAGUUCUACUGAUCUAUCCUCAACAUCACCACCAUCGUCUUCUUCUUGUUCGUCUGCGUCUUCUAAGCCAAGCCAUGAAGAUGAUUUGAGAUUUUCAUUGAUGGACACCCAAGAUGAGAAUGAAAAGAAAGUUCUUAAUAAUGGAAACUCUUCUUCCAUGAAUAUAGAGCCUUGCCCUAAUGUCUCCAUUGAGAUUCGCAACGAGUGUUCUGUCACUUCAUUCUUGGAUGAUGAGGCAUUGUUUAAUAUGCCAGUUUUACUUGACAGCAUGGCAGAAGGUCUAAUCCUUACCCCACCAUCUAUCAGAAGAGGGUUUAAUUGGGAUGACAUGGCUUUUGCUGUGGACUUGACCUUGUGGAGAGACUAGUUUUAUAAAAUUAAUUUCAUUAGAGAUUUCAAUUGCCUUUUCUUUUUUAAUCAAUCGGCUCGUCAUGUCAUUAGUUAGUGAUUCUAAUUUUGGAAUCCUAUAAUUUGGGGAACGAUCUAUUUUGGUCCAUAAGAAAUUACUCUACAUUUUCAGAUAAUGUUUAUUUUAUUAUACCACUAAAUUAAAUUUCAUGAUAUUAAUAAUAUCCAUAGAUCAAAGCUCAUUAAUUAACGAAUAAAGUAAAACUUAUUUAUCAGUUUGUGAUUGUGGUCUGAACUCUGGAAAUUCUGGAUAAUAGUUUAUGAUUUAG